AAACAUAGACCUUCCUCGGAAGUAGGAGGUGACUUUUAUUUUGUACGAUUUUGCAUUCCUUGUGUGGACAAAAGAAAGACACACUGACUGAAUCAAAGAUAAUAUACAUAGGGAAUAGGCUACCCAACCUGAUCCACUGAAAAAUGUCUAAACUACAGUUGUUGCGUUUAUUUUUAAAUGAGCGUUUAACGGAGUCUGCUGCGGUGGAGAUUUUCGAAGCAGUUGGGGAAGCGGUAGCGGAGUACCAGGAGGAGAAUGAUCGGCUACGGAGACUGCUGCGGUUCACACCAGAGAUAAAACUAUGUAGAAUAGACUCCCUGCAGUUCUCUCUUGCUGUCUCUGAAGAGGAGGUUCCCCCUGAGCAGCAGCACUGUGAGCAGGAGUGGAGCUCCGGUCUGGGGCAGGAGGACCCAGAGCCCACACAGAUCAAAGAGGAACAGGAGGAACUCCGGAUCAGUCAAGAGGAAGAGCGGCUUCAAGGGUUGGAGGCUGAUAUCACAGAGUUCAAAUUCCCUCCUACCUGUGUGAAAAAUGAAUGUGAUCAGGAGGACCCACUUCAGUCCAUGACGGAACAGACUAUGGCGAACAGAGAGAGUGACUCCAAACCAGUGGAUCUCAAACCUUUUGGGACUGUGACCCACCUAAAGGGUCUCGACAUUCCCUUUGACCCUCCAGAUAGUCAAAACAAUGCCUCCAGUCACAGCUCUGCUACAAGCAGCGACCAAGUAGGACUUAACAGCAGCCCACCAUUGGAUCUAAUUGUGCACAAACUGGCUCACACUGGAGAGAAACUGUUUAGCUGUGGGGACUGUGGGAAAAGCUUCAGUCAGAAGGAACACCUUGGGAACCACAUACGCAUUCACACAGGAGAGAAACCGUUUAGCUGUGGUGACUGCGGGAAAAGCUUCACUGUCAAGGGGAACCUAACUGUGCACAAACUGGCUCACACUGGAAAGAAACCAUUUAGUUGUGGUGACUGCGGGAAAAGCUUCUAUCAGAGCCAGGAACUAACUGCGCAUAUACGGACUCACACUGGGGAGAAAUCGUUUAGCUGUGGUGACUGUGGGAAAAGGUUUUAUCACAAGAUUACUCUAAACCGACACGUUCAGACUCACACAGGAGAGAAACCAUUUAUCUGUGGCGACUGUGGGAAAAGGUUUUAUCACAAGAUUACUCUAAACCGACACGUUCAGACUCACACAGGAGAGAAACCAUUUAUAUGUGGCGACUGUGGGAAAAGCUUCAGUCAGAAGGAACACCUUGGGAACCAUACACUGACUCACACAGGAGAGAAACCAUUUAGCUGUGGAGACUGUGGGAAAAGCUUCAGGCAGAAGGGGACCUUAAAUACACAUAAACUGACUCACACGGGAGUGAAAUCAUUUAGCUGUGGAGACUGUGGGAAGAGCUUCAUUCUGAAGGGGUCCCUAAAGAUGCAUAUACAGACUCACACAGGUGUGAAACCAUUUAUAUGUGGAGACUGCGGGAAAGGCUUCUAUCUGAAGGGAGACCUAGGUAAGCAUAUACUGACUCACACAGGUGAGAAACCAUUUAGCUGUGGAGACUGCGGGAAAAGCUUCAGGCAGAAGUCGGCCCUAAAGACGCACACACUGACUCACACCGGAGUGAAGCCAUUUCACUGUGGAGACUGUGGGAAGAGAUUCAGUCAGAAUGGGGCCCUAAAGAAGCAUUUAUUGACUCACACAGGAGUGAAAUCAGUGUAGCUGUGGGGACUGUGGAGAAAGCUUCUAUCAGAAAAGACACCUAACCGAACAUAUUCAGACUCACCCAGGAGUUAAACAACAUGACUGCUCAGUCUGUGAUAGAACAUUCGUUAAGGCUCAUCUGCUGAAGCAUGUUAAUAAUGUCCUCAAAGAAAGAAACCGGGAGGAAAAAUAUAGCUGCAAGCAGCCACGAAAGCUCCUGGCCACAAUAUUUCUUGAAUUUUAAUUAGAGCAUUCUGUUAGUGAACCUUUUGAGCAAGAUAUUUUGCCACUUGUUUUUGAUACCGCCUGGAUUAGGAGUGACAAUGCUGCGAAAAUAAAGGCUUUUUAACCAAUAACUUUUUUUCCCCCUCACUACAAAUUUAGUUACUGAAACGUACUUGCUGUUGAGAAGAUUUGUUAACAGUUUGACGUUCACAACUGAAUUGCAUUCUGUUUUUGGAGAUACCGACACGUGCUUCGUAGUAGACCUUCCUUGUAGUGUCCUUAAGCCCCUCAAUUUUUCUUGUAUUUUUAUUUAACCUUUAUUUAACGAGGCAAGUCAGUUAAGAACAAAUUUUAAUUUACAAUGAUGGCCUACCCCGGCCAAAUCCUCCCUUAACCUGGACGACUCUGGGCCAAUUGUGCGUCGCCCUAUGGGACUCAACCAGUACUAAGUUGUUGGAUGGAUCAAAGAGAAGUUGAGUAGUUUGGGUUAAGCUGGGUUUGGUGUGGACUUGUAGUUUUGUUUUUACAAAAUUGACACUUUCUCCGUCAUCUUUUGAUUAAAUUCUUAGCUUUUCACAAACUCAGAGACAGGGGUUCUGAGUUUCGAGUGAAUCGGACGUGGUUCAUGAGAUUUUUAAAGAUUUGUAUGGUUCAAACUUUCAAAAUGAAUGAAUAUCCAAUAUGGCAGAGGUCACAGCUCCUUGGGAGAGUCUCCAUUGGCAAAAGUCUGUCCUCGACUCCUGUCCUCCUCUCCGCGAACCGGAAACUGAUAGGUGGUCGAGGAGAGUGGUCAUUUGUUAGUAGACGGACGGAGAAGUGUCAUCCAAAGCCCAUUGGAUGAGAAAGCCAGAGGUCCCGCCCCAAUUACUUUCUCCUCCAAUGGGUUUUGAGAAGGAGGCAAGGACGCAAGGAGUAUGCCAUUUGAGAUCUUCCCAUAAGUACCCUUUCAGCAGCUAGCGCGCGGCAUUCUUUCAGAAUAUGCCACAACCCCUUUGAAUCAGCUGUUUGCUCAAAGGAUGAAAAACAUGCAUCCAUUUUAAAACGAUACACUACUUAUCCUUUUAUCCAUAAAAUGUCUUGCACAUCCAGCAAAAAAUGUUUUGAUCACUUUACACAUUUCAUUUGGGAUUCUACCCCUGUAGCGCGAGUGGAGAAGGGUAGUCUCAUUUCAUAUAAGCACAUUUCUGUGAAUCCCAAACCAGCCCCUUGCCCCUACCUACUCGUACGGAGGGCCCUCCGUUGUCACGUGUUGCCGACGAAACUCCGAGGAUGACUUCCAUCGAGUGGAAAGGGGAUCAAUAUACCCAUUGACUUCGGGACACACGAGUGACUUGAAUGAUGUGAUUCAUUUUCCAUAUUUUAAUAAUAAAAUGCACAUGAAAUUCAAAUGAACAAUUUACUAGAAAUAUUCUUUAACAGUUAAACGUAUCAUUUAGGAGGUAUUUCAUAUGUUUUGAGUCAAGCAAUGAAAUCCAACACAAACAAACACACAUUUCCAAUAAUUAGGCAAACUACAAACAUAUCUUAGUGAGUGUUGAGGAUAGCACUUCACUCUGGAGCCUGCUUGGUUCGAAAUGGCUAUCAGAGGCUCUAAUUAACUGCUACAUCCAGGGCUGACUCUAUCCUUUUGGAGGCCCUAAGCAAGAUUUGGUUGGGGAGGGGGGGCCAAGCGGGCAAAAUUGUUUACCCUCCUGAUGGUGGAGAGAAAUGUACGUUUUAAAGUUAAUUUCCUGCAAUUCUAAAAACAAAAACCAUGGGGUGUAGAUAAAAUAUUGCAGCUUUUAAAGCAAGUUUUCUGUAGGUCUACAUUUUGCCAUGGAGAUUUUGUGUUGUUGCAAUUUUAUAACAAAUUUUAUGCAAUUCUACAUAUUUUACCAUUGGCAGAGAUACAUUUUUGCAGUUUUAAAGCUAAUUUCCAGCAAUUCUGCCACGGCUUAUGCCAUUAUAUUAUAUCUGGGUGACCUAACAAAAUCAAAUGGGGGCCUGCUGGAGGUCAUGACCCCCGGGCACUGCAUGUCCGGUCGGUAUUCGACCAUGAUUACUAAUGAUUACUAAGUUUACAUAACUGGCUAGACUAACUUACCAAUAUUUUUAUUUUUUUUCUGACAUGGCUAAUUGAGUGACAGUCAGUAACUGACAGAACAAGAGAACUGCUGAUGCACAACCACAUUUCAAAACUUGUGUAUUCUACUAUUCUAACUCAACAGUAAGUUAAGACCCUAAGUGACCUUGGAUCAAUCUAGAUGAUAAUUUUCAGUUCCUCAGCUUUGGGACACUUGUGCAAAUGGCAGAGGUGAGAGUGAACACGCAAAUGGAGGGCCAAGGAGAAGGGGGUGAUUUGAGAUUCAGCUUGUUUCCUCUACUCACCUCCACUCAUCCAUUACUUUUGACCUUUUUCAAAGUGGAGAGGCGGCGAGCAAAACUAAUUGAGAUUCUCCCCUUGAGGCAAAUUUGUUUCUUGUGUUCCACAUAAGGUGCAUGCUUAGGGGUAAGUUUGAGCGGUUUUGUGGUGACCACAUAGAGAACGAUAGAGAAAACGUUCCCAUUAUGGCAUCUGAGCGCAUUGAGGCAAUCUCCAUUUUGAAGUAGUGAAUUUUCUUCACAAUUUGCUGAUCCCUCCUGAUGACCAGGUUGGACAUGACUACAACAGUUUCAUCAAGAGGGAUCAGCCAGUAAAGUUGGAAGUUCCACCCAGUUGACUACAUUAAAAUGGUGGAACCCCUCAAUGGCGCUGCCCAUGCUAAAACUCCCUUUUGGCCACUCAUUCUCUGAGUGACCGUUGUGAGUCACUUCCUUUUCAUGGUGUGUUGCCUAAUUGUGGCUAAAAAUAGUCCGACCAUCAUAUGCUUACAAAUAUUGCUUAUGUAUGUUCCAUUUCAUACGUUUGUCUGAGUAAGGAAUGACACAAUUGAUGGUAAGAAUAGGGAAAAACAAAUAACAUUCAGUCAUACCCAUCAUUAAAUGCAUUUUAUUUAAUCACUUUUGGUUCUCUUCAAACAAACAAAAGCCAAACUAUUUACAAUUCUUUAGGUUGUUCUUUUUCAGAAUGCAUUUGUGUUACUAAACUCAUUCAAAAAGUUUAAGUGAUGGAAUUGAGCUGACUGGGUGAAAAAGGGAAAAUAUCAUUUGAUAAAUUGGUCAAUUAAUCAUAUCAAAAGGUAUGGCAAUCUCCCCUAGGGGCAUCACAACGCCAAAACAUCAAUAACUUUUGAACUUCAAGGAUUAACAGAAAAUCUGAAAUGUCAACAGCCGGAGACUUGACAGACUUAACAUAUGAUAACCACCAGUCAUUCAACAACAGACUAGAAUAAUUCAGAGAAUAAUUGAUGGCUACAUUUAAAACACAGCUCACUGCAAACCAGUAUGCCACUGGCAUCCUUAUCUGACCGAUGGAAUUAAAAUAAUGACAAUACCCUGCUCUCUCAGUAUUCACAAAGUACUUCAGUGACAUUUUAGAUAUUCCCCAAUCUGCACUAACCAAUACAUCAACUGAUCCAAACUGACUGAAUAAAGUGUAUUCAAAACCAACACAGCUAAAACAUAACUUUCUGAGAACCAUGUUUAUUAGUUUGGUGAGAGUCUGGUCGUGUUGAUUUUGCAUACAACCUUCCCACAACUUUCUGGGAACGGCGCAGGAUAGUUGCUUGGCUUUGGAACAUUCUCAGCACUUUUAACGAACUUGACAAAAACAAAAAUCUUGGUAUUUCAUUACUUUUAACAGAAUGUUUCCUAAAAGUUCAAACAUGGUUACAUUUAAAUUCCGUUUCGGUAAUGCUUUAGGGAACAUUCUCCAACUGGUUUGACAUUGGUUCAGAGAACGUUAAACAACGUUCUUCUGUGGGAAUUUCAGUACUUCAGCAUAACGUUUCCUCGUGGUUCUAUUUAAAGCCAUGUUCUCAUUGUUUCGAGAAUGUUUAAAACUUCGUAUAAAAACUUUCAUGUUCAGAGAACGUUAUUUCAAAACAUACAUUCUGUUCUCAGCAUCACCAAAACACUCUUGUUAAGUGUGUUCGGGUGCGGUGGCCGCACCCACUAAUUGGCCACACCUGAGCUUGGAGUGCUUGUUUCCUUUAAAAAUGAGGUCUGUUUGAAUAGACUAAAAGGAACAGAUUUGUGUGCAUAAAAAAAUAUGGCACACUAGCUCCAUCCUGAUGGCGCAGUAGACUAAUUCCAGAAGAUUAUAGGUUCGAAUCUCACAGAUGCCAUGUCACAAAAAAAUGUAUGUUUGCAUGAAUUUCCAUGUGUCUGAUCUGUGCUUGGAGUUUAAAAAGUUAACCCCAAAUAAGCUAGCGGUGUUCUUGAAACAUUCAGUUUCUUAUUGGAACGUUCAGUGACAGUUAAGGAAGUUAUUCAAAAAACCUCAAUUACCUAGAAUUUCCGUUCUGUGUUAAUAAAACCUCACAGGGAAACUUCAAAGGAACCAGAGUAAAACGUAAGAACCUCCCUGCAACCUAAAAAUAAAACAUUCCCAGAACAGGCAAAGUUUUCACUGCUGUUCUCAGAACUUUAAAAAAAAAACUGGUUUUACCAGUUAGGAAAGGUAUGGCUUCUUCCCAGAACCAAUGUGAAACAAAAAACACUACGUUCCCACAACUUCCAAGGAACCAAAUGUGCUAGUUGGGGAGAAAGCCAAAGCUAACAUAUGGAAAAACCUGAACCACAGUCAUAUCCUACAACAGAAGUUAAUACUCGUUUGUCGGACCAACCAGAACUGGUUCUAAAUAGGAAAACACUUUCAAAAUAAUGAAUCCAUUCAACCCAACUGACAGGGGAAGUAUUGGGUUUCUCCAUAGAAAAACAAACUAACAAGUUGCAGAACUGUUCCAAAGCACCUUCAGUAGAAGAGAGACAAAUCCAUUAUCAACUGUAUAAUGGCAUACAUUUAGCAACAAGUGUCAUAGCCACUCAAUCUGUUGAGUAAACCUUGAGUUGUAUACAGCCAUUCAAUAACAUUAGCUACUGUAGACGCGUCGAAUAAACAGGGACAAAAGUCAUUACAAAUGGUCAGUAGUCAAAUGUUUAGGGACAAUUUAGGCUCCUCCGAGAACCCCAAGAAUAAAUAUAUCCUCCAUUUUAAGGUGUGGUAAGCACCAAGAUAAAACAUCUUUCAAAUCAAGUCUCAUAAUGUGAAUCAUUGUGUCAAAAUCCUUUCCGUCAAAACAUUACUAGUGAUGGGGUAAAUAGUAAUAUGUAGUGGGGCUGUGUGUGAGAGAGGACAGAUUUAAAAAGUCCAAUGCAGACAUUUUUAUCUCAAUAUCAAAUAAUUUCUGGGAAACAGUUGAAUUACCUUACUGUGAUUUAUUUAACAUUAUUCAAAAAGAAACAAAAACAGCUUCUUAGCAAAGACCAAUUUAUCAAGCAAGAAUUUUGCUUGGAAGGUCUGGGAGUGGUCUGAGCGGGGAGGGAAAAACUAAACUUGCUGUUAUUGACAGAGGUUUGGAACGCUUUUUCUUAUUGGUCUAUGUCACCAUGCAGGCCAUAACUCUAUCCCACCAAAAUAAGCAUUUUUUUCCAAAUAGCUCUUAAACUAAAAGGGCAUUAACAUUUUCACAUUAUUAUUCAAACCUCAGUGUGGAAAUACUUUUUUGUUGUUGUUGUGUGCACUGGGCCUUUAACAUACCCUUCCAAGUCAGCUCAGCUCCACACUAUACUCCAGACUUCUCAUUCCUCACCCUGCACCAACUACAUGUAGAGGCAUUUAAAACUGGAUAUCUGAAAAGAGACACUCUUGCUUUGAAAAAAGGCAAACCACCAUCAUCGUCGUCGUAAGGGGUUUUCUACAGUUCUACUUUCAUGCUAACGUGCGAUAUAUGCUGGACAGAAAUAACGUAACAUACAACAGUAUUGUUAGCCAAUAAGACAGUCCUGUCAAGUAGAACAUUGACCUCCCCUUCAAAUGCUAUAGUCCUUAUGUUCUCUUACUGUUUAUUGAAUAUUUAGAGUUUGCCAUACAAGGCAGAUCUGUACAAUUAAGGCAUGUUGAACAGAGAGAAAAGAAAAACAAUUAGACGAAAACAAAAUUCUUUCACGUUAUUUACAAAGCAGUUUGAACUCAAGUGUGUAGUAUUGAGCCUUUCCGCUUGUGUGUUUGUGUGUGUGCAUGCUUGCAUGAAUGUGUAAUGCAGCGUUUCCCAAACUCGGUCCCGGGGACCCCAAGGGGUGCACGUUUUUGUUUAUGCCCUAGCACUACACAACUGAUUCAAAUAACCAGCGCUUGAUGAUUAGUUGAAUCAGCUGUGUAGUGCACCCCUUGGGGUCCCCAGGACCGAGUUUGGGAAGCGCUGGUGUAAUGACAGGCUCUAUUAGUUAUGUGUGUGAAUGUGGUUCUAGAAAAGAGCAAGUCUUUUUGAGAAUGUGUGCUUGCAAUUUUUUUUUAACCAGAAUCCAGCUGCAUGUACUGUACACAUGAGUAAAGCUCUAGGUUUGUGUGUAGUCCCACUGUUCAAGUUCCUCUGCUUCUUCGCCUGCUGUGGUUUCUGCUUGGCACUUCUCCCACCAGGGGGCAGAGAGAAGAGGAAAAGAAAGGUUUGAAGGUACAGUACGCUCCAUCUCCUUU